AUACAUUGAAAAGAAAAUCAGGCAUUACCGGCCAUCUCCAGAAUGUUAAACAAGCAACUAUUUCCUCUGCUUUUCAUUUGCAUCGUGGUGUCUGUGGCUUCGAUCACGGCCACAGCCACCAACACAGCAGCAGCUACAGCUGCCGAUGAAACGGUCACGUGCAACACAGUGUAUGAUAGCCUGGAACCAUGUCUUGGCUACGUGUUAGGUGGCGCAAGUGUGCCGCCAGAGUGCUGCAGUGGACUUAAAUCUCUCCUCAGUGCUGCACGUACCCGCACGGACCGCCAGAGCGCUUGCCAAUGCGUGAAGACCGUGGCGUCAAGCGCUACUGGAGAUCAAAUUAGCCGUGCUGCUAGUAUCCCUGGAAUAUGUAAGGCCAAGGUUCCUUUCAAGAUUAGUGCAAAUGUUGAUUGCUCAAAGAUCAAGUAAGAGACUAUUUGUGAGUGGAAUAAUAUGUUGAAUUAAAUCGAUCUAGCCGUUGUGUUUACCUGUUUUGUCAAGAGUUACUCAGUGGCUGUUGUACAAUGAGAUUAUUUUCAUUGAUGUCCCUUUCUUUCCGAGACGCUAUUGUUGCCCUAUAUUAUUUUCUUAUAGCUAGCACACUAUAAUGUUGCUUUUUCCGAUGAUCUAUAGAAUUAAAUAAAUUCGAGUAAUCUCACAUUUUAUAGAA